AUGGCAUCCUCCCUCCUCUCUAUCCUCCUUCUCGUGGCACUGUCAUCGCCGCCGUGGGUCGUCCUGGCGGCGGACGACGACGGCACCACGCACCUGCACUUCUUCAUGCACGACAUCGUGGUCGGGAGCAACCCGACGGCGGUGCAGGUGGUGAAGGGCCCCGCCACCGCGGGGUCGAUCGUCCCGGGGCUGGCGUUCGGCGACACCAUGGUGAUCGACGACGCGCUGACGGAGACGUCGUCGCCCACGUCCGCCGCCGUGGGCCGCGCGCAGGGCUUCUACAUGAUGUCGUCGCAGUCGGGCCUCGUGCUGAUGGUGUGUGCCAACCUGCUGCUCACCUCGGGGGACCACAACGGCAGCACGCUUGCGGUGGUGGGCCGGGACGACGUGGCCGCGGACGUGCGGGAGCUCUCCGUCGUCGGCGGCACGGGCAAGUUCCGGAUGGCCACCGGGUACGUGCUGUGGAAGACGUCCAGCAUGAGCGGGCCCGACGCCACCGUCGAGCUCGACGUGCACGUGAGGACGGCGACAGCCACGGGUACCGGCGCCAUCGACGGCGGCGGCAGUAUCACCACUGGUGCCUCCUCGGGCGCCGCCGCCAAGUGGGUUGGAGCAGGGUGGGUCAGUGCGUGCGUCGUCGCCGUUGUUGUUGCGGUGGUUGGAUCCGGCGUCUGGUGA